GAGAAUACAUGAUAUUGCUAAACUAUUACAUGAAUUUAGUAAUAAAAUAAUGGAUGUGAGAAUAGCGCUUGAGGAUAUGUAUAGAAUGGAUGACAUGCUAAAAGUAACAAGUGCAAGAAAGGCAAUAGUUGGUGUGGAAAAAUUUUGUGAUAGAGCUGAAAGAAAGUUAAAAAAAUCAGCUGAAGGAUUGGAUGAAAUUAUCAAAUUUUUGAACAAUUAUAGGAGUAAAUUAUUUGAUGUUGAUGCGCAGCUUGGUGGAAUGAGCAAAGUCUUGAAAAGGGAUUUAGAUAAACUUGAAAAAUUAAUGGAGAAUCUGAAA